AUGGCACAUACGAAAGCGGCAAGAAAACGUUACCAAUCCUCCCGGUCGGAUCGAGACUUUGAAGGCCUAACAAAGGCGAGGCAGGUACAGAAACAGACCAUCAAUAAAGCCCAGACAAAAACAUGGCGUCACCUCAUAGCAGCAGCGUCCAAAGAUAAUAAGAAGCUUUGGGACCUUAAAAGGGCGGCACAGCUGCGCGGGUUCAAACCACGAGAGGCGGGAACGCUCCCGCCCUUAAGGAAACCCGGCUCAAUGGGAGGCCUGACAUCUAAGUUCGACGAGCAGGUAGAUAUCCUAUCAGGGAAAUUCUUCCCUUUUCCAAUAACGGACUUGUCCGAUAUUCCGGAAGAUUUCAAUACCGGACUAGACCUUUUUGAAAGGAAGUUUGCCAUAAGCAGGAAGGUAGACGAGACGGACAUUAAGGCAGUUCUUGACUUGAUGAAGCCUUGGAAGGCCCCAGGCUGGGACUUUCUGCCAACAGAAUUCCUUAAAGCGUGCGGCAAACCGCUGAGAGUGGCCCUGGCGGAGGUCGCGGAAUGCUCGUUCGUUCUGGGCGAGUGGCCGAAGCAGUUCAAAACGGCAUCAAUAGUGGUAUUACCAAAAGCCGGAAAGACACCAGAAGAGAAGACCCUUACAGGGGCCUACCGGCCUAUCGCGCUUCUUAGCUGUAUGGGGAAAGUCAUAAAAAAGGUUAUCGGUAACCGUAUGAUAGAGACAGCAGAGACACACGGGCUCCUUCCUGAGGGCCAAAUGGGGAACCGUAAGGAUAGGUCAACAGAACAUGCGAUCCGUAUAGUAGUCAAAACAGUCCAUACAGGAUGGAGCUACAGCACGGUAGCCACGCUGAUACAGCUGGACAUCACGGGGGCCUUCGAUGCCGUCAUCUUUACGCGGCUCCGCCACAUUCUGUGGAAGAAGGGAUACCCCAUGUGGAUUAUCAGAUAG